UUAUAGAGUCAAUGGCCAGGGUUCAGGAUUUCAUAAUGAUGGUACAAAUUCCAGUAGACCAGGAUGUAAAAGAGUUAAAAAUAGGGGUGGUCCAGAAUAUCGAUGUUACAAUAUAUCGCGAUUUUUAGCCGUGAGAUUGAUUCUCGAUGGGUUCUCACCAAGUUUUGAUCUUUUAUUUUCGUUUGAAAAGGUCAUCUUUUGGUGAGAGGUUCCGUUGGAGGUAGAUAGGUGCCGUAGUUAAAACUAACACCGUCCAGUUUACCCCCACUUAUACUAUCAGCUUCUUUAAUUUAUCACACAUUUUUGGGCAAAUUCAUUAUUUUAUAUAAGGUACAUGCUUUGACAUGAUCUACAUAGACUGAAGGUAAAGACCCUGCGUUGUAGCUGCUCCGCCUAGUGACCAAACUGAGAAGUAUACCCCCCCACCCCCCGUUUUACAGACACCCCCUAAGGAAAACGGACUCAGCUUCAGCACCAAGGACAGCGGAGUCCCGUCUCUCCUCCAAUGGGUGGAGUAAGGAUGGAUGCAUGAAUGACAGGCGCGAGGAGAGCGUCCACUGGGAUUAGGGUUUGCACGCUGCAGGUUGGACAGGAUUACGGAGCGCACGGGAGCGGCGGACACGCACGCGCGCGGCAUUCCUCGGUCUCUCUGGAGAAGAAAGGACCCGGAGGUCCAGCGGGUUCUCGGGGAACAUGGCGGACGUCCCCCAGCUCAUCAAAAUCGGGGUUUCCUUGAAGAUGCUCCCCAACAACACCGCCGUCUACUUCAAGUCGGACGGCGCGCGCUUCGGGCAGACGCGGACCAUCAAGCUGCUGACCGGAUCCAAGUACAGGAUCGAGGUGGUCAUCAAGCCGGGGGCAGUCGAGGCCUCGUCCAUGAGUGUGGGAGGGGUGAGCUUCCCCCUGGAGCAGCAGUCCAAAGACCCCCAGUCUGUGGUUUACACCGGCUUGUAUGACACAGAGGGGGUUGCACACACCAAGAGUGGGGAGAGGCAACCAGUUCAAAUCAGCAUACAGUUCACAGAGGCCGGCCUGUUUGAGACCGUCUGGCAGGUGAAAUAUUACAACUACAACAAGCGGGACCACUGCCAGUGGGGCAACAGCUUCAACAGCAUCGAGUACGAGUGCAAACCCAACGACACGCGCACGCUCAUGUGGGUCAACAAGGAGACUUUCGUCUGACGGCCCAGCCUAGGGGGCGCUGCAUGCAGCCAAGUGUUGUUCGGUUUACCGCCCACUAGCUGCCAGCCAAGACAGAUAAGCAGCAAGCCCCUCGUGUGACCCCUGUGUUCUGCAGACCAGCAGGGGGCGCACUGCAAACUCCAAACCUUGUUUCCAAAAACUUCCACUCUGCUUGUUCUCCAGCUCUGAUUACUGUUGAUUAUCUCAGCAGGAUCAUGUAAGGUUUGCUGGAAAACAAUCAGAGAAAUGCCUUUUGAGGAAUAGAGUUAAACCUGCUUAAUCUCACAAAAUAUUUGUUUAAUUGAAAGAUAUAUUUUGUCUGUUUAUUUGUUUGUUUUAGCCUAGAUCUAAGGUGCAAAUUUUCUUUCCAAUGUUUUUGUUUCUGAUAGCUGAUUUCCGAACCAGUGAUGGUAUCAUCGUGAUAAAACAGAGCACAUCAUGCCUCUUCCAACAAUAGGUGGCGGACAUGUGCUGGUAAACAGUAAAAAAAGAAGAGGAAGCCCCUCCCUGCUUGUCCAGUGUGAACACCAUGUGCUAUACAUGUGUACAGCGAUCGCAUCACAUGGCGGUUGUGAACGUAGCAAGAGAGCUUCAUCUGCAAAACGGUUUUAUUCAAUCUUUUGAUUUUUUUAUUGAAAUAUAUGCAGAUACUAAUGCUUUUCCCAUAAAAUGAUGCACCCCAAAUGACCAAAAAAGUCCUUUUUGGAAAUAGCAAAACGUCUGGAUGAUAGUGUACUUAUCUGUGAUGCUAUUCUACAAUCAGUGCAUGCAGUUGAAACAAAGCAUGUGUGCUGUUAACAUUGUAUGCUGUGACUGUUCAUUACUGGCUAAGGCAUAGUGUUAAAAGUAUAGAAAUAAUUUAAACUUGGAUUCUCACUCAAUGUUCCACACAUUUUUCAGGAAUUCCUGGAAAAAAUAAUCUUUAAGUUUUCUGGAAUUUACACAAAUUUGCAACAAAAAACUAACUUUUCUGUUUCUGUCUCUAGUCGUCACCAAUUUCAUUUCACAGGUCAAUGUUUCACUGCCUUUCAUUUCUAUCUGUUUCUACAUUACGAAAAUUACAUUUUAGGUUAAGAUUAAACAAAAUUUGACCCACCUCUAUCAACUCUAAAACUAGAGGAAAACUUUGUGUGGAAACUAUUUCAAAAAUGCUAACUUCUAACAUUUUGGAAAGUCCUUUGAAAAACUAUUUACAGUUUAUUGCCAGAUAUUUUGCUUUUCAUUUUUUACAACUUUGUCUAAAAAUUGCUUCUUUUCUACAAUAUAUUCACCCAUUUGUCUUUGGGAUGAAGGUCGCUCUUUCCUGUUUUUAUUCCCGCUUUCAUUUCAAAAACUUUUCUCAUAAGAACUGGAUAAAAACUUAAACUGAAACGUUAUCCUGGAUAGGAAUGAUUUAACAUGAUUCCUUUUUUUUUAAUAAAAAAACACUCAAAGUGAAAGCUAUCAUUUACUGAAGUUAACCCUUUAGCUUAUGAGGAAACAAGCAAAAAAAAUUUUUUUGCUACCUUUUAUAUUCUUAAACAGCAAGGUUUACAUUUUAUUUUUAUAUUUUAACAAUAUGGUAGAAUAUUUUUAUAAACAAAUCUCAGGAGUUCAGGGCUAACAUGCAAUAACAGAGAACUGAAGGACAGCUUAGGAUCAAGAGACUCCGCCCCCAAGAAAGUUUUGAUGUGCAACCUGUUUUGCAACUUUCUUUUGAACUACUGCAACUCUACAACCGUUUACGCAAUUAACAUGAUUCCUGAGAGAAAAGCAACUUUGCGCUGAUAUGCAACCCUUUACAGUCUGUACGCAAUCAAUGUAAAUUAGCUGAUACGUCAACAUCUGUUGGAAGAAUAUGUUUUGUGCAAAUGGUCAAACAGUUACAGUAGAGCUGUUACUUAGUGGUUACCAGAGACAUUUCCUGUGUUAACGGGUUAAGGAUUUAAGUAGCACAUUUUCUAACAUAUCAAAUCUUUCUAGAGUUGUUUGGAUUAUAACAUAUAAUAGUAUUAAUGUGUGUUAAAGCUAGACUUAAAAUUUGAAAGACUUGUUUUUGAAUUCAGCCCCUAGUGGUCUUUCAAAGGUAUUGCAGGUUUUGGAGCUUCCGUUCACAGUGUCUGCAAGCCUGUUUGUUGUGUCAGAAUAGUAAAUGUAGCAAUGUCGGGUUUUUAGAUUCAGCAAAAGCCAAUGGCAUAAUAUUUUGGAGUAAGAAGCUGAGCGCAGUCAGUUCUUUAGAUUUCUAUGAAAUGGUUUUGUGACCGUCAGGUGUAAUGAUAUGUGUUUGUACAACAUAGUCGGUGUUAAUGCGUUUACAAGAGGUGUGUUUUAUUUUCCAGAUGGUGCUUUUCUAUUCAGAGGAGACAAAUGUUCAAUUUUGAAAAUCCUAUCCAUUCCAGGAAAAGAAGGGGAAACAAAAUAAAAGCAACACUUGCUGAUGGUGUCUGCAUAGAUAUGAUUAUGCCUUCAAUACAGUUCAUGUCAUGAGAGUCUCAACCCAUACUUUGGUGCAAAAUAUGGAGAUUUUUUUUUACCUUUUUUUUCUUUUUAUAUGUUAAGAAAAACAAACUGGAAAUGUUGAUUAAAUUAACUUAAGUGGAGAUAAAGUAGAAAUAAGUUGUUAUUGAAUUGGUAUACUAAUAGUUUAACAAAACAAACAAAAAAGUAAAAGACAAAAACUAACAAAUGUGUUUUAAAAAAAUAUGACUGUUUUUUUUUAAGAAAAAACAAAUCAAAUGAUUCAAUUCGUUAACUCCAAUUAGCCAUUCAGACUUUUUUUAAUCUAAAAGUUAUUUCUGUUUCUUUCACAUUUACCAUCAUGUUUAGUGACGAUGGACCGCUCUACAAGAACAGAUAAAACUAAUAAUUAUAGACAUAUUUUUAUACACUUGACUGUUCUCACAAACAGGGACCACAGUUUUCUCAAACAUUUGCCAAAAACUUCACAUUUUAUACCAAUAUUUACUCUUUUUCUGAUUAAAAAUUAUAGAUUUUAGAAUGGAACAUUCCAACAAUGGAAAGUCAGGAGUGUCAAAAUAAGAGAAUAAAAAAUUAAUUAUUUCUUUUUUAUAAUUACCGUUUUUCUAAAUGCUUUAGUUAUUUUUUCAGUUAUUCAUAUUUUGAAAAUUAGGUUUGCUCAUCUACUACAACUAUAAUGAAAUAAAAACUAAAUUAUUUAAAUAUGUUUCCACAUUACCGUAUCAUUGAUCUUUAAUUUUUUUUAAUGCACUGAAGCAUUUUUAGUUUAAUCCAAAUAAACAAAAAUAAAUAAAGAAAUAAUAAAUAUUGGUAUACUGGCAAAAACAUUGUCUGUAUUUUUUUCCUGGCACUUCUGUCUUUCCAUAUAUUCUUGAAUCUUAGGAUUGUUUGUUAUUUUGUUGGUGUUGUUUUGUAAACAGUGCAGUGAGGAUUUGAGUGGAGUUGUGCGUCUACCUUUAAAGAGUUUGUGCUUCACCUCCUCUAACAUUUAGAAAUUAUGGUUUCUUUGUUCACUGAGCAACGAAAGCACAACAUAACCAAUAGAGACUAUUUCUUUACAGCUUGUCUCUUUUUUUGAAUUGUGAUGUUGACAUUUGUCAUUUUGUACAUUAUUUAGGUUUAAACGUGUUGGUAAAUUGUGAAUAGUUUGUACACUUAACCGAUCUAUGCAAACGGGAAUAACAGACAAACAAUGAAACAGAGGAAUAUAUAUUUAUUGCAGUCCUACCUCUUUGUAGAAGUCAUGUUUGUUUGUUUGUUUGUUUUGACUAGGAUCCAAAAACUGUAAACUGUUUAUUGCACUUGUGUUUAUAAAUUAAACAUUGAUGUUU